AUGACUGGACAAAAGAUGCCAGACAUUGCCAUUUGUGGCAUGUCUCUGAGGCUAGCCAGAGGGAUUCGUACACCGGGUGAGUUUUGGUCUGUGUUGUCUCAAGGUCAGGACCUGCAAGAACCGGUGCCCCCUAGCCGAUACAAUAUCCAUGGAUUCACAGAUUCACUUGGUGGAAAACAAAGCAUCAAGGCGCUCAACGGCUAUUUUAUUGACACAGCCGAGCUUGACAAGCUUGAUGUUGCUCAGUUCCAGAUGUCCAAGGACGAACUCGCCAAGUGCGAUCCGCAGCAACGGUUGAUGCUCGAGACUACUUAUGAAGCACUAGCUGACGCCGGUGAGACUGAAUACUCUGGAGCACCCAUUGGAUGUUAUGUUGGCACCACUGCCGAAGACUGGCUGCGGAUGAGCGCCAAGGAACUGCAGCACACACAAGGAAACGUGUUGGGUGGUGCAACGGACUUCAUGCUACCUAAUAGGGUGUCAUACCAGUUCAAUCUCAAGGGACCAAGCUAUGCAAUCAAGACAGGUUGCUCCGCGUCUCUCAUAGCACUCCAUGCGGCUUGCAGCGACCUCCGCAACGGCAGCACCAGUGGCGCUGUUGUAGGUGGCACAAGUCUACUCCUAGAUCCCACCACAACUGUACUCAUGACAUCUGACGGCAUAAUUUCGCCGACGGGCUCCUGUAACACAUUUGACGCCAAAGCAGAUGGCUUUGCUCGCGCAGACGGCAUUGCUGUACUAUACAUCAAGCGACUAGACGAUGCAGUGAGAGACGGCAACCCAAUCAGGGCUGUGAUCAAGGCGACUGGUACCAACACUGACGGUCGCAAUGUUGGCGCUGCCGCAGCACUUAUGCAGCCGAAUGGCGAGGUUCAAGAGGCCUUGAUGCGGCAGACUUACAUGGAUGCCGGGCUUGAUCCGCACGACACUGACUUCGUUGAGCUUCACGGCACUGGAACACCUGUGGGUGAUCCCAUCGAAGCCACCGCUGUGGGGAAAGUGUUCGGAAAAGGCAACAAAAAAGGAAUUCUUAUAGGCUCCGUUAAACCCAAUGUCGGACACACUGAAGCUGCAUCAGGACUCGUGAGCGUUAUCAAGGCCGUCAUGGCCCUGGAGAAGGGGCUCAUACCGCCCAACAUCAAGUUCACCGAACCAAAUCCAAACAUUCCCUUUACUGAAUUUGGCUUGAGGGUACCCAGCCAGCUGACACCGUUUCCGAGUGACCGAACUAAGCGGGUCUCGGUGAACUCUUUCGGUGUCGGUGGUGCUAAUGCUCAUGUCAUUCUGGAAGCAACAAACCGGCUACAGAAGCCUAACAAGUCGCGCGGGCCGCAACUUCUCCUCUAUUCGGCGAAUACACAGUUAUCACUAAAAAAAAACAAAGAACAAUACAACAGUUUUGUCGAGAGAAACGAGAUCCAGGCUGCUGAUAUAGCUUAUACGCUUGGUCGAGCGAGGCUUAAAAUGCUUUUCCGAACCUUUCGAGUCGUGGACCACACAGGAAAGAUGCUGAUAGAGGGCCCUAGUAACGCCAAAGCACCUUCGGAUUGUCCAAGAGUGACCAUGGUCUUCACAGGCCAGGGAGCGCAAUGGCCUCGAAUGGGCGCUGAACUAAUCCAACAUGACUCUCGAUUUCGAGCCGACCUGGAGCGGAUGGAUCGUAUCUUGCAGAGCCUGCAACAUGCCCCCAAGUGGCACAUUAUUGAUGAGUUGCAGAAACCGCCAGAGUUCAGUCGGGUUGGAAACGCCCUUUUGUCACAACCGUUAUGCACCAUCCUACAGAUUGCUUUGUUCCACCGUUUUGCAGAAGCUGGAGUUAAGCCUCACUCAGUUAUCGGACACUCAUCAGGAGAAAUCGCGGCUGCCUAUGCUUCCAACAAGUUAUCACUUGAGGCAGCAGUUGUGUUGGCAUAUUAUCGCGGUCUGAGUGCCGCCAAUGCGGCUGUCUUCGCUUCGGUGGCUGGGUCUAUGGCUGUGAUCAACCUUGGAUCACGGCAGUUAUCCCAAUACCUGCGACCAGGCGCGGUUGUAGCCUGCGAGAAUAGUCCCGCCAGCACUACCAUCUCAGGAGACAAGGAAGUGGUCAACGAGGUCAUUAGUCUCAUCAAAAGGGACUUCCCCGAUACGGACUGUCGUUACCUGCGAGUUGAGGUGGCAUACCAUUCCCAUCACAUGUUGGCGCCAAGCCGGGAGUAUCUCCAGAUUGUCCAGCAGGAAAUGAGAAAACGCUACUGGAGUCCAGCAACCUCUGUGGUAACAAGCACGGAUAUACAGUUCAUCUCAACCGUUUCAGGAGAAAAGUGUGAGGCCUCCGCCCUCCAGACUCCGGCAUACUGGGCAAAGAACCUCGUAUCGACCGUCUGCUUCGCAACGGCCGUCGCCAGUCUACUUAAGGACCCCGACCUCGAACAAUGCUUGUUCGUGGAGAUUGGGCCGCAUGCUGCUCUUGCAGGACCACUGCGGCAAAACUGUGCCGCUGCAAGCCAACGAUGCAACUUCGUUCCCUCGCUCAUGAGAAGCAGGGACUCGAGUAUGUCACUCCUUUCGGCUAUUGGGGAGCUGUUCCUUCGGGGUGUCAACCUUAACUACUCGUCUAUCUUUCCUGUGGGAGCAAUCGUUGCUGGACUCCCCCCCUAUGCCUGGGAUCACACAGGAUCACAUUGGUAUGAAACCCGCCUGUCCAGGGAGUGGCGAUUCAGGAAACACCCACAACACUGCCUCCUUGGAAGCCGUCUCGUGGAGUCGUCUGAUUUGGAACCGGCUUGGAGAAAUAUGCUUCAUGUUGAGAACGAGCCCUGGCUUUCUGACCACAGAAUUCAGCAUGAUAUUGUCUUCCCUUUGGUGGGCUAUGCCGCCAUGGCGGGGGAAGCCAUUAGACAGCUGACGGGGGUUAACAACGGGUACACAAUCAAAGACCUCAUGGUACGCACGGCGUUAGUGCUUCCAGAAGCGAGAGCCGUCGAAAUUUUGACGAGCUUGCGGCGACAUAAGACAAGUGACAUUGACCACAGUUCCGAGUGGUUUACCUUCAGCAUCUGCUCUCACAAUGGAUCCAGCUGGACACUACAUUGUGAAGGUCGAGUAAGGUCUUGCAAUGAGACAAAAAGACUAAGCAAGGUUGUUCAUCGACAAGGACUCGUCAACUUGCCGAGAAAGGUCAACGAAUCACGAUUCUACGAUGCUCUUUCAAGGACAGGCAUUACAUACGGCCCUGAGUUCCGAUUACUUAAGAGCAUGCGAUCCGCAACCACUGAAUGCGAGGCAUCUGGGGAACUCUUGACCAAAAAAUACGAGUCAUGUAGACACUUUGUGCAGCACCCUGUACUCAUGGAUGCUUGCUUUCAACUUGUCUUCGUGUCACUGGCAAAGGGUUUAGGCCGUAAUCUUAACAGAAUUCUCAUGCCGACGAAGAUUCGGGAAUUAGACGUGAGAAACUUCCCUGUCAAUGCCGGCACCGGGUCUCCACGCGUUGCGUCUACAGGUUCGGAGACUGAUGCGUCCGUGGAAUGCGUGGCGGGAGAUUCUGUCGUAUUCUACAUCGGAGGCGCUCAGUUCUCACAGGUUGGCGACGGAACAUUUUUGUCAGAAGGACCGGAUGGCGAUCAACUAGACCGGCACGCAGCCGCCAGACUUGAGUGGUUACCCGAUGCUGAAUGUUUCGAUGUUGGUUCGUUGAUCAAGCCACCGAGGAACUACGAAACGACGGAGGUUUUGAUGCUCGAAGAGCUGACUCUUUUAUGCAUCCUCGAGUCUGCCGAUCGAAUCCCACUCUUGGAACCAAAAGUCGGCUUCAUGGAGAAGUACAGAGCGUGGCUUGUUCGAGACAUCGUGGCGGCCAAGCAGGGUGAGCAUCCAUUUGUCAAAAACGCUGCAGCUUUGGCGGGCAUGCCUUCGGCCGAAAGAAAGGCUCUAAUCGACCAUGUCUACUCUUGUCUUUUAAAGACAGAAAGAACAUCAUUGCCCAUUGCUGUCAAGAGAAUCCAUGAUAACAUUGAGGAUAUUUUCACUGGAAGGGAACAGGUGCUUGAUAUACUGAUGCGGGACAACGAGCUGGCCAAGUUGUACAAUCACCUCAGCUUUGACUAUGGAGCAUUUGUCAAAGUCAUCUCACAUUGGAGGCCAACACUUCGAAUUCUUGAAGUUGGCGCUGGCACCGGAGCAACUACUGAACUCGUAAUUCAGUCCCUCCUCAAAAGCGGGCAGAGUUCGGCCAGCCUGCCCGCAUACUCAACUUACACCUUCACUGACAUCUCGGCCGGCUUUUUUGUCCAAGCAAAGGAGCGUUUUUCUUAUGCGCCGAACAUGGAAUACAAAGUUUUGGAUGCCUCUCGAGAUGCUCUAUCUCAGGGUUUCGAAUAUGGGUCAUACGACAUCAUCUUUGCAGCCAAUGUCCUUCAUGCUACACCAUCUCUGACCAAGACUCUGGUAAACCUUCGGAAGUUGCUGAGGCCUGGCGGAUUUAUCGUUAUCACGGAGCUUUGCUGCCUGAAGCGUUGUGCCGGGUAUAUCUUUGGCACCCUUCCAGGUUGGUGGCUUGGCGAGAAAGACGGUCGGGAAUGGGAGCCAUAUGUUCCCGUUUCUCGAUGGGAUCAGGAACUCAAGAAAUCUGGCUAUACUGGCGUGGAUACAGCUAUUUACGAUGAUGAACAACCGUUCCAUUUUAGUGCUGCUAUCGUUUCUCGGAAGCUUGGCGCCACACCGAAUGGUGUCACAACUAGCGACUCGGUAACAAUCUUGUCAGAGAUGCCAGACGCGCCACUUUCACACAACUUGGCCAAUCACAUGCGAGAGAGUGGGUGGGAGGUAGUCGUCGCUGGCAACAACGACGUUGGAAAGCUCCGGAGCGACGCAGACAUAAUCUGUCUAUGGGAUAUAGAAGCGGAAUUCUUCGAAAACUUGACAGAGCACUUGUUCAGCCAAUACAAACACUUGAUAAAGAGCAUCAACCAACAGCAGAGUCUUCUCUGGCUCGCACGACCAGUACAAAUAGGAUGUCGAGACCCACGGUCUGCUCAAGGGAUCGGCGCAGCAAAGACCGUUCGGGCUGAAUUGGGUUUGAACGUCUGUACACUUGAAAUGGACCCUUCACAAGUCAGCUUCUCGGAUAUUGUCAUGAAAGUGUUCCAAAGAAUACGGCGAGAUGCCGAGAAAGAAGACGAAAAGCUUCACGCUGACAAGGAGUUUGCUGUUGUUGACGGGGUUAUAUGCACUGGUCGGUAUCAUCCGUUCUCGCUGAACGAUGAACUCACUGGGGUGACCAACGACUCCUCUGCCGCCGGUUACACUGAUCCAUGGGGUUCCCAAGAAAAAGUACAGACACAGAAGCGUUUGGACAUGGAUCAGCCGGGCCGCCUGGAGACACUGAGAUGGGUAGAAGAACCUGUAUCCAAAGUACUGGGUGACAACGACGUCGAGGUUGAGCCGCAUUAUGUCGGACUCAAUUUUCGUGACGUAGUGCUCGCCAACGGACUACUAUCACUACCCGACGAGUGCCCAUCCAUAUCUGGCUUCGGAGCGGAAUGUGCUGGUGUGGUCACGAGGACCGGCCAGGGUAUCACAGGGCUGGCAGUGGGAGACAAGGUUAUGGCCCUCAAUGCUGGCGGUUGUCUCACCUCGCGAGUUGUCAUUCCUGCACUACAGGUUGCCAAAGUCCCUACGAGUAUGAGCUUCGAGGUAGCCGCGAGUGUUCCAGCCUGCUUUAGUACGGCCUGGAGGGCAAUCUGCGACCUUGCUUCUAUCGAGAGAGGUCAGAAGGUAUUGAUUCAUUCUGCAUGUGGUGGUGUCGGACUUGCAACGGUACAACUAUGCAAGUUGAUUGGCGCCGAAAUCUUCGCAACUGUCAGUUCCCCCGAAAAGGUCGACCACCUGGUUCGCAUCUGGGGCGUUCCACGAAAUCACAUAUUUGACUCGCGCAGUCCCUCCUUUCUAGAAGGUAUCAUGCGCGAGACGGGGGGCAGAGGCGUUGAUUUAGUGCUGAACUCUCUUUCUGGAGACCUCCUGCAUGCGUCGUGGGAGUGCGUAGCCCCGUUUGGAAUGCUGAUUGAGCUGGGCAAAAGAGAUAUUGCCGGGGCCAGCAGACUAAAUAUGCAACCCUUCAUGCAAAACCGAUCGUAUGUCUGUAUCAAUAUGGCCCACAUCGUACGAGAGAGGCCUGAAAUCAUCGGACGUAUUCUGGAAAGGCUUAUCCCUCUCUUCGAGAAGCGAAAGCUUACGCCCCUGGCCCCGAGACAGGUGUUUUCGCCUCUGGAAAUGCACCGGGCUUUCUUACAGUUUCAAAAGGGUACUCAUAUUGGCAAACUCCUCAUCCGGCUUGAACCAGAAGAUAUGAAGUUUGCAGCGGCUCCUACGUAUCGUCCAGUCACAUUCAGACCAGAUGCCACGUAUCUCCUCGUUGGUGGCUUGGGUGGCCUGGGCCGGUCUCUAGCAACAUGGCUAGCAGAGCGCGGAGCGUGUUAUCUGCUUUUCCUAUCACGCAGCGCUGGCAUGACCAAUGACAGUCAAGAGAUAGUUAAGGAUCUGGCUUCGAUGGGUUGUCAUGCUGUCACAGUUGCUGGGCAUGUCGACAACGUGGAGGAUGUGAGAAAAGCCAUCAAGAUGGCCAAAACUCCUGUUCGAGGUGUAUUUCAGCUCGCUAUGGUUCUAAAGGUGUGUGAUCCCCUCUCCUCUCCGCCCAAGAAGAAACCAUUCUAA